AUGCUUUUUUGUCGCGAAAGUGUAGCUGGAAUGGGUAGUCUGUCGACUCAAGUAUCAUACCCAAUCGGCUAUCUUCGUAAAAGAGCAACAUUUCUCUUCGACAUUGUGCCUCCUCUUGUUCAACCAACUGCCUCUCUAUCCCGUGUCUUCCCGCUCACUGCUUCUUUUCAUGUCAUUUGGGACGGAAUGAAGCCACUCAACCUUUUUGGCGUUAGUAAUACAUUUUUUAAGUGGCCAUCAGCAGCCUGGUUCCGACUGGCUUUCGUAUUCCAGUGA